AUGUCGCAGACGUGGAGCCGGUUUCUGGUGUUGGCGUUGUUGGUAGUCCUGCCUGCGGGACAGCUUCCCCUCCCUCGAACAAGUGGAUGUGGUGCACCGUCUCCAGGGGCAGCCACAGCACCGCUGCAGGAUGCGGUCGAGGGCAUUGCAGGGCUCAUGCAGCGAUUUGAGCAGAUGCAGCCGCGAAUAGCAGCACUGCCACCAGCGGAACUGCAACAAAUUGCAGAGCCGGCGCAGAGAUUGCACGAGCGCUUCGAACAAAUGCAGCAAAAGCUCGUGGCCAGAAGUGGAGGGCCAGACCUUGAAGAAGAAGCUAUCGUGUUUCACAGGGAUUUGGCAGUCUUUGUCGACCAGGUUUCAUCCAGGCUGGGCAUUGGUCCCGGAAGCCCAAAGCCUGGUCAGCUGGGCUCCGCGGGCCUGGGUGCCGGCAUGGGCCUAGGAGGAGGCGGAUUUGCGCCUGUAUCUUUGGGGAGCUUGCCGGGGCCGGAUCGUGGCUCUGUGGGACUCGGAGGCGCUGCUUCAGAGUCGACAGAGAGAAGGCUACAAGCUGCCAUGCAGGCGAUCCAGUCAGGCAUGCAGCGAUUCGAGGCGUUGCACCCCAAGCUGCCUAAUUUGCCGCCACAGGCCUUCAACACCUUGGCCAACCAGGCUCAGCAACUUCACGAGGAGUUCUUAACAUUGCAGAGGAAAGGUAUCCAGCUUGCUGGAGAUGGUCGUCAACCCAUGCUGGAGGCAGAUGCUGCGCCGUAUGCCGAUCAGCUGGAGUCCUUCGUAGCUAGGCAGAUCAACCUUGUGAAUGAAGCCGAGCAGCAGGUGCAGCAGCUAGGUGGCGCGGGAGGCUACCAGGGCAUGCUGGGAACCCGACUGCCCAGCGUGCAAAGCGCAAUGCCGGGGACAUCCAUGCCACAGAUGCAGGCCAAUCAGGCUUCACCGGCUUCCGCUCCUGGUCAGGUGACACCUACCACGGAUGCCAAACUGUCUGCCGUGAUCGACAAGGUCAUUCGGCUGAUGCAGGAGUUUCAAGGCAUCCUGCCACAGCUGUCCCGAGUGUCUCAACAGGCAAUUGCCCCUCUUGCAAACGUGGGCACGUCGCAGCAAACUCAGUUGGUUCAUGAGCUCGGUAGCUGUGAGCCAGCGGCUUGA